AUGGUUUCCGACGACGUCUAUGACGCCGCGCUGCCGGUUCUACAGAACGAGGCGCUAGACGAGGAGGACAAGACAGACAAGCUGGAAGAGGUGCUGCGCAAGGAGACUGGGCUCAUGGGAAAGCCCCUGGAGAACGCCGUGCUCGACUGUCUUUGGCGCUUCCGCGAUGCUGGCAGUUCCUCGAGCUCCCCGCCGCCGAGUCGUCAUACCGUCAUCCGUCGUGCCUCGCCCGCGCCGUGGCAGGCGAACCGCGCGCCCACACCCGUCAAUCACUCUCCGCGGACGAUACACCCUCCUCCAGGCUUUGGCAUCGCGCCUCCAGCCUUUACCCGUGCCAAAUCCUCCAAUGCUUCUCCCUUCACUUCUCCGCGUCCUUCGCCGCGUCUUGCGUUCUCCAGUCCCCAUAUCCCUCAUAGUCCCAGCUUGAGCGCAUAUCAGUUCAGCGAAGGCACGAGUCCGAACGCUGAGCUUUAUGGUGAUCUUGGUAGCGAUUCCGUAGACUGGCUUGUGAACGAUGACUCUGGGAGCACCGAAUCCUCUUCCUUACUCGGCGACGGCACGCUCAACGGUGCGGCUGCGGAAUGGGUUCAGCCUCAGACAGUAGAUAUGGGCCCGUAUGACAUGCUGCGAUCCAUUCUCCGCGAUGACCGACCUGACGAGGACAUCGAAAAGGCCCUCGAGGCCAAUGCAUAUGACCUAAGUGCUGCCCUUCUUACUCUCAUGGGCGGCCAGACUCUCGAUGGCCAGCAAGUGCCUAUCAACGGACCCGAGCAGACUACCUUCCAGGUCGGAAAGUCAAUGAGCCCUGCAUUCCGCCCCGCCACACCUGCUGGUCAGGCGAAAAGCAACAUCAUAUGCAAAUACUUCUUGUCCUCGGGAUCUUGUGCAAGGGCUGAUUGUAGAUUCAGCCAUGACACGACCAAGACACUAUGCAAAUAUUUCCUCAACGGUAAUUGUCUUGCCGGCAGCACAUGCAUGUUCUCGCACGACCCGACGCAGGUAAUGGCCCGGCUAGCUAUCUCAGAUGCUUCCACGCCCCCAUUGCAGUCAGCCAUGCCCAACUUUCAGAUGCAGGACUACGAGUUUCCCAGUCUUCAGAACACUGGCUCAGCAGGCUGGACCCCUCAGUUUGCGGGUAUGGACACAGCUUCGUUAGAGCAGUUGUACGGCCUCACCGGCGUCCCGAAGCACCCACCUCCAGGCUUGAGCCCCUUCCCCACGUUCACUCCAGGUAGCCUUAGCCGCCCGCAGUCCAGGAGUACCAGUCGUCAACAGUCUCGAGCUCCCACUCCUUCGGUCCCUGCUGUAGAUGACAAUGAAGCGUUCCCAAGCUUAGGGUCUGCCGCUGCAGCCAAAGCCGGAAAGCGACAUCAUGGCAAACGUGGUGGACACGGGCACAAUAACAAAGAGGCAAGUGCGCCAAACAAUCUCGCAGAUGUCGUACGCAUGUCGCCCUCGCCCGCACCAGCGCAGCUCAGGAAAGCUCUGCGUCCCACUAAGAGUUUUACUGGCUCGCGAGAGAACAGCGCCGCCGCUCAAGCGAUCCCUGCUCCCCAACAUAUACCUUGGCUAGAGACUGGCGAGAAAGCCAAUACUGCCUACCUUCAAGCUCGGCAGGAGGCUUUCAAGCAUGGUAGUCUGAGGAACAAGUUCUUGCAGAGCGCAGCCCAGGCUUGGAACCGCAGCGACUCCCGUGCUGCGAAGGCGCUCUCUCUUCGCGGCCAGAGUGAGAAUAACCUGAUGCGAGAAGCUCAUCGCAAGGCCGCCCAGAUUCUGUACGAAGAGCGCAACAAGGAUGACGGAGCGGACGCGCGUGAACUUUAUGUUGAUCUUCAUGGCCUCCACCCAGACGAAGCGGUCUCCUAUCUGGAAGGCAUUCUUACUAAGCACAAACAAUCCUGCCGUCCCGUCUAUGCAAUCACAGGAACAGGUCAUCACUCCAAAAACGGCAAAGAUAAGGUGGGCAAAGCGAUACGCGGUCACUUGAAUGAGUGGCGGUAUGCCUUUCGCGAGUUCUCCGUGCCCGGGGACCGCAAUAACGUUGGCGGGAUCCUGGGCAUUGACCCGAGCAGCUACGACAAGAGCGUUGCAGAGCGGGCCAAGGAGACUGAGAACGGGACUGCGACCGAAACCGAGGGCGUCAAGAAGGAUACCAAGGUGAGGAUCAUGAAGAGGGAUGAGGUGCUGGAAGCGCCGAAGGGACCGAAGCGAGCGGCGAUAUGA